AUGUGUUCCCCAUUCUCCCGCUUUCCAUCAGCCCACCCCAUUCUCCCGCUUUCCAUCACCCCGCCCCUUUCUCCCGCUUUUCAUCACCCCGCCCCAUUCUCCCCCUUUCCAUCACCCCGCCCCAUUCUCCCGCUUCCCAUAACCCCACCCCAUUCUCCCGCUUUCCAUCACCCCGCCACAUUCUCCCUCUUUCCAUCACCCCGCCCCAUUCUCCUUCCUUCCAUCACCCCGCCCCAUUCUCCCUCCUUCCAUCACCCCGCCCCAUUCUCCGGCUUUCCAUCACCCCGCCCCAUUCUCCCAUCACCCCGCCCCAUUCUCCCGCUUUCCAUCACCACACCCCAUUCUCCCGCUUUCCAUCACCCCGCCCCAUCCUCCCGCUUUCCAUCACUCCGCCCCAUUCUCCCGCUUUCCAUCACCCCACCCCAUUCUCCUUCUUUCCAUCACCCCGCCCCAUUCUUCUCCUUCCAUCACCCCGCCUCAUUCUACCUCCUUCCAUCACCACGCCCCAUUCUCCCGCUUUCCAUCACCCCGCCCCAUUGUCCCGCUUUCCAUCACCCCGCCCCAUUCUCCCACUUUCCAUCACCCCAGCCUAUUCUCCCGCUUUCCAUCUCCCUGCCCCAUACUCCCGCUUUCCAUCACCCUGCCCCAUUCUCCCGCUUUCCAUCACCCCGCCCCAUUCUCCCAUCACCCCGCCCCAUUCUCCCGCUUUCCAUCACCACGCCCCAUUCUCCCGCUUUCCAUCACCCCGCCCCAUUCUCCCGCUUUCCAUCACUCCGCCCCAUUCUCCCGCUUUCCAUCACCCCGCCCCAUUCUCCUGCUUUCCAUCACCCCGCCCCAUUCUUCUCCUUCCAUCACCCCGCCUCAUUCUACCUCCUUCCAUCACCCCGCCCCAUUCUCCUGCUUUCCAUCACCCCGCCCUAUUCUCCCGCUUUCCCUCAUCCCGCCCCAUUCUCCCGCUUUCCAUCACCACGCCCCAUUCUCCCGCUUUCCAUCACCCCGCCCCAUUCUCCCUCCUUCCAUCACCCUGCCCCAUUCUCCCGCUUUCCCCCGCCACAUUCUCCCGCUUUCCAUCACCCCGCCCCAUUCUCCCUCCUUCCAUCACCCUGCCCCAUUCUCCCGCUUUCCGUCACCCCGCCCCAUUCUCCCGCUUUCUAUAACCCCGCCCCAUUCUCCCGCUUUCCAUCAGCCCGCCACAUUCUCCCGCUUUCCAUCACCCCGCCCCAUUCUCCCGCUUUCCAUCACCCCGUCCCAUUCUCCCGCUUUCCAUCACCCCGCCCCAUUCUCCCGCUUUCCAUCACCCCGCCUCAUUCUCCCGCUUUCCAUCACCCCGCCCCUUUCUCCCUCUUUCCAUCACCCCGCCCCAUUCUCCCGCUUUCCAUCACCCCGCCCCAUUCUCCCGCUUUCCAUCACCCCGCCCCGUUCUCCCGUUUUCCAUCACCCCUCCCCAUUCUCCCGCUUUCCAUCACCCCGCCCAAUUCUCCCUCUUUCCAUCACCCCUCCCCAUUCUCCCUCUUUCCAUCACCCCACCCCAUUCUCCCGCUUUCUAUCACCCCGCCCCAUUCUCCCGCUUUCCAUCACCCCGCCCCAUUCUCCCGCUUUCCAUCACCCCGCCCCAUUCUCCCGCUUUCCAUAACCCCGCCCCAUUCUUCCGCUUUCUAUCACCCCGCCCCAUUCACCCCGCCCCAUUCUCCCUCCUUCCAUCAACCCGCCCCAUUCUCCCUCUUUUCUUCACCCCGCCCCAUUCUCCCUCUUUCCAUCACCCCGCCCCAUUCUUCCGCUUUUCAUCACCCUACCCCAUUCUCCCUCUUUCCAUCACCCCGCCCCAUUCCCCCUCUUUCCAUCAGCCCGCCCCAUUCUCCCGCUUUUCUUCACCCCGCCCCAUUCUUCCGCCUUUCAUCACCCCGCCCCAUUCUCCCGCUUUCCAUCACCCCGCCCCAUUCUCCUGCUUUCCAUCAGCCCGCCCCUUUCUCCCGCUUUCCAUCACCCCGCCCCAUUCUCCCGAUUUCUAUCAUUCCGCCCCAUUCUCCCGCUUUCCAUCACCCCGCCCCAUUCUCAAGCUUUCCAUCACCCCGCCCCAUUCUCCCGCUUUCCAUCACCCCGCCCCAUUCUCCCGCUUUCCAUCACCCCGCCCCAUUCUCCCGCUUUCCAUCACCCCAAGCCGUUCUCCCUCUUUCCAUCACCCCGCCUCAUACUCCCGCUUUCCAUCACCCCGCCCCAUUCUCCCGCUUUCCAUUACCCCGCCCCAUUGUCCCUCUUUCCAUCACCCCGCCCCAUUGUCCCUCUUUCCAUCACACUGCCCCGUUCUCCCUCUUUCCAUCACCCCGCCCCAUUCUCCCGCUUUCCAUUACCCCGCCCCAUUGUCCCUCUUUCCAUCACCCCGCCCCAUUGUCCCGCUUUCCAUCACCCUGCCCCAUUCUCCCUCUUUCCAUCACCCCACCCCAUUCUCCCGCUUUCCAUCAACUCGCCCUAUUCUCCCUCUUUCCAUCACCCCGCCCUAAUCUCCCUCUUUCCAUCACCCCGACCCAUUCUCCCGCUUUCCAUCACCCCGCCCCAUUCUCCCGCUUUCCAUCACCCCGCCCCAUUCUUCCGCUUUCCAUCACCCCGCCCCAUUCUCCCUCUUUCCAUCUCCCCGCCCCAUUCUUCCGCUUUCCAUCACCCCGCCCCAUUCUCCCUCUUUCCAUCUCCCCGCCCCAUUCUCCCGCUUUCCAUCAGCCCGCCCCAUUCUUCCGCUUUCCAUCACCCCGCCCCAUUCUCCCGCUUUCCAUCAGCCCGCCCCAUUCUCCCCUUUCCAUCACCCCCCCCCAUUCUCCCGCUUUCGAUCAGCCCGCCCCAUUCUCCCCUUUUCGAUCACCCCGCCCCAUUCUCCCGCUUUCCAUUACCCCACCCCAUUCUCCCGCUUUUUCAUCACCCCGCCCCAUUCUCCCUCUUUCCAUAACCCCGCCCUAUUCUCCCUCUUUCAAUCACCCAGCCCCAUUCUCCCGCUUUCCAUCACCCCGGCCCAUUCUCCCUAUUUCCAUCACCCCGUCCCAUUCUCCCACCUUCCAUCACCCCGCCCUAUUCUCCCGCUUUCCAUCACCCCGCCCCAUUCUCCCUCCUUCCAUCACCCUGCCCCAUUCUCCCUCCUUCCAUCACCCCGCCCCAUUCUCCCGCUUUCCAUCACCCCGCCCCAUUCUCCCGCUUCCCAUAACCCCACCCCAUUCUCCCUCUUUGCAUCACCCCGCCACAUUCUCCUGCUUUCCAUCACCCCGCCCCAUUCUCCCGCUUUCCAUCACCCCGCCCCAUUCUCCCACUUUCCAUCACCCCGCCCCGUUCUCUCGCUUUCCAUCACCCCGCCCAAUUCUCCCUCUUUCCAUCACCCCGCCCCGUUCUCCCGCUUUCCAUCACCCCGCCCCGUUCUCUUGCUUUCCAUCACCCCGCCCCAUUGUCCCCCUUUCCAUCACCUUGCCACAUUCUCCCGCUUUCCAUCACCCCGCCCCAUUCUCCCUCUUUCCAUCACCCCGCCCCCCCGCCCCAUUCUCCCUCUUUCCAUCACCCAGCCCCAUUCUCCCUCUUUCCAUCACCCCGCCCCAUUCUCCCUCCUUCCAUCACCCCGCCCCAUUCUCCCUCCUUCCAUCACCCCGCCCCAUUCUCCCGCUUUCCAUCACCCCGCCCCAUUCUCCCGCUUCCCAUAACCCCACCCCAUUCUCCUGCUUUGCAUCACCCCGCCACAUUCUCCUGCUUUCCAUCACCCCGCCUCAUUCUCCCGCUUUCCAUCACCCCGCCCCAUUCUCCCACUUUCCAUCACCCCGCCCCAUUCUCUCGCUUUCCAUCACCCCGCCCAAUUCUCCCUCUUUCCAUCACCCCGCCCCGUUCUCCCGCUUUCCAUCACCCCGCCCCGUUCUCUCACUUUCCAUCACCCCGCCCCAUUGUCCCCCUUUCCAUCACCUUGCCACAUUCUCCCACUUUCCAUCACCCCGCCCCAUUCUCCCUCUUUCCAUCACCCCGCCCCGUUCUCCCGCUUUCCAUCACCCCGCCCCGUUCUCCUGCUUUCCAUCACCCCGCCCCAUUCUCUCCCUUUCCAUCACCCCGCCCCAUUCUCUCGCUUUCCAUCACCCCGCCCAAUUCUCCCUCUUUCCCAUCACCCAGCCCCAUUCUCCCGCUUUCCAUCACCCCGCCCCAUUCUCCCGCUUUCCAUCACCCCGCCCCAUUCUCCCCCUUUCCAUCAUCCCGCCCCAUUCUCUCCCUUUCCAUCACCCCGCCCCAUUCUCCCUCUUUCCAUCAGCCCGCCCCAUUCUCCCUCUUUCCAUCACCCAGCCCCAUUCUCCCGCUUUCCAUCACCCCGCCCCAUUCUCCCGCUUUCCAUCACCCCGCCCUAUUCUCCCGCUUCCCAUAACCCUACCCCAUUCUCCCGCUUUCCAUCACCCCCCCACAUUUUCCCACUUUCCAUCACCCCGCCCCCUUCUCUCUCCUUCUAUCACCCCGCCCCAUUCUCCUUCCUUCCAUCACCCCGCCCCAUUCUCCCGCUUUCCAUCAGCCCACCCCAUUCUCCCGCUUUCCAUCACCCCGCCCCUUUCUCCCGCUUUUCAUCACCCCGCCCCAUUCUCCCCCUUUCCAUCACCCCGCCCCAUUCUCCCGCUUCCCAUAACCCCACCCCAUUCUCCCGCUUUCCAUCACCCCGCCACAUUCUCCCGCUUUCCAUCACCCCGCCCCAUUCUCCUUCCUUCCAUCACCCCGCCCCAUUCUCCCUCCUUCCAUCACCCCGCCCCAUUCUCCCGCUUUCCAUCACCCCGCCCCAUUCUCCCAUCACCCCGCCCCAUUCUCCCGCUUUCCAUCACCACGCCCCAUUCUCCCGCUUUCCAUCACCCCGCCCCAUUCUCCCGCUUUCCAUCACUCCGCCCCAUUCUCCCGCUUUCCAUCACCCCACCCCAUUCUCCUUCUUUCCAUCACCCCGCCCCAUUCUUCUUCUUCCAUCACCCCGCCUCAUUCUACCUCCUUCCAUCACCCCGCCCCAUUCUCCCGCUUUCCUUCACCCCGCCCCAUUGUCCGGCUUUCCAUCACCCCGCCCCAUUCUCCCACUUUCCAUCACCCCAGCCUAUUCUACCGCUUUCCAUCUCCCCGCCCCAUACUCCCGCUUUCCAUCACCCUGCCCCAUUCUCCCGCUUUCCAUCACCCCGCCCCAUUCUCCCAUCACCCCGCCCCAUUCUCCCGCUUUCCAUCACCACGCCCCAUUCUCCCGCUUUCCAUCACCCCGCCCCGUUCUCCCGCUUUCCAUCACACCGCCCCAUUCUCCCGCUUUCCAUCACACCGCCCCAUUCUCCUGCUUUCCAUCACCCCGCCCCAUUCUUCUCCUUCCAUCACCCCGCCUCAUUCUACCUCCUUCCAUCACCCCGCCCCAUUCUCCUGCUUUCCAUCACCCCGCCCUAUUCUCCCACUUUCCCUCACCCUGCCCCAUUCUCCCGCUUUCCAUCACCACGCCCCAUUCUCCCGCUUUCCAUCACCCCGCCCCAUUCUCCCUCCUUCCAUCACCCUGCCCCAUUCUCCCGCUUUCCGUCACCCCGCCCCAUUCUCCCGCUUUCUAUAACUCCGCCCCAUUCUCCCGCUUUCCAUCAGCCCGCCACAUUCUCCCACUUUCCAUCACCCAGCCUCAUUCUACCUAAUUCCAUCACCCCGCCCCAUGCUCCCGCUUUCCAUCACCCCGCCCCAUUCUCCCGCUUUUCAUCACCCCGCCCCAUUCUCCCGCUUUCCAUCACCCCGCCCCAUUCUCCCGCUUUCCAUCACCCUGCCCCAUUCUCCCUCCUUCCAUCACCCCGCCCCAUUCUCCCGCUUUCCAUCACCCCGCCCCAUGCUCCCGCUUUCCAUCACCCCGCCCCAUUCUCCCAUCACCCCGCCCCAUUCUCUCGCUUUCCAUCACCACGCCCCAUUCUCCCGCUUUCCAUCACCCUGCCCCAUUCUCCCGCUUUCCAUCACCCCGCCCCAUUCUCCCGCUUUCCAUCACUCCGCCCCAUUCUCCCACUUUCCAUCACUCCGCCCCAUUCUCCCGCUUUCCAUCAACCCGCCCCAUUCUCCCUCCUUCCAUCACCCCGCCUCAUUCUCCCUCCUUCCAUCACCCCGCCCCAUUCUCCCGCUUUCCAUCACCCCACCCCAUUCUCCUGCUUUCCAUCACCCAGCCCCAUUCUCUCGCUUUCCAUCACCCCGCACCAUUUUUCCGCUUUCCAUCACCCCGCCCCAUUCUCCCGCUUUCCAUCACCCUGCCCAAAUCUCCUGCUUUCCAUCACCCCGCCCCAUUCUCCCUCCUUCCUUCACCCCGCCCCAUUCUCCCGCUUUCCAUCACCCCGCCCCAUUCUCCCGCUUUCCAUCACCCCGCCCCAUUCUCCCACUUUCCAUCGGCCUGCCCCAUUCUCCCGCUUUCCAUCACCCCGCCCCAUUCUCCUGCUCACCAUCUGA